GUUUUCGUUUAUAGGUUAUAUAUUUCUCAUCAAACUGUACAUUAUAAUCAUUUGGAAGAAACUACGUACAAUAUUAACAUUGCUCCAUUUUUUUUUCUCCGUUAGACCAAAAAGAUGAAGGAAACUGUCAUCUUGCAGAAAAAAUACAUUGACCUUCUUGGAUUAACUUCAUGCAUCUACCCUGCUGCUGUCUUCACUACUGUUUUAUUUCUCAUUUCUUCUUGUGGACUGACAUGCGGUGUUGACCAUCACGAGAAUGUUUACGGCAUUUGCAAGCAGUCUAAGUUCACGAUUAGAGAAGUUUCAAACUGUCCCAGGAAUCACUCGGAAUGGACAGAGAGGGCUCAACAAUUACAGUGCCAUAAAAUUCAACAAACCUGCACUAGUCGACAGCGCUUUGUAUAUCACUGUCUUCCAAACUCUUAUUGGAAUAAGACAAUUGAGCUCUGUGCACCACGAAAAUAUAUAACGUUUAAUUACUGUCCAGAGUACAACGAAGAAGGCAUGAGAGUACAAGAGAACUAUGCACACAGAUGCUCAUCAGGAGUCAUACCAUGCCCUAUUACUUAUACAUCAGACAAAUUGUAUAAAUAUCAACAAUGCUACACAGAUAUCAAACCAAGUAUACAAAAUCUAUUCAAAGACCAAACAACUACCAACGGAUUUCCGUCAAGUGCAUACGGAAUGAAAGAAAUGAUUUCAACUACAUCAUGUGCUCUGACGAUUUUUGUGAUUAUUACAAUACGUGCAUAUAUCACAAACUAGAUCAACAUAUCGUUUUGUGUAAAAUGAUGUCAUGAUUUUUCAAUUUAUAUGUGAUUUAAAAGAUUGAAUUAAUAAAUAGUGGUUGUUUUAAAUAGUUCAAAAAGUUUGUUCUUUGCCUACACGUGAUCUUCUCAUUCCUAAAUAACAAAUGUAUUGAUUCACUGACAGGUUUUAUGCUAAACAUUAAAAGUUUGACAUCACCUGACACGCGACGCAUUUUUAUUCUUAUCGUGGGAAUUUUCAGUCAGGUGUAUUUAAGUGGGAUUUAAAUUUAUUUUUAGCAAGAAUCAUCCACGACAUUCCAAUUUCAGUCCAUUCAUGAAUGAACUGACUGCCCAUGUUAUUUUCUUUUUACGAUGAAGGAUUUAAAUUUUCACUCUGCACAAUUUUUUUUAGAAUACAAGCACUUACACAGUAUGACCUACUCAAGGACGUCUCCUUAUCGGCACUCGGAAUGUAUUCAAGUUGUGUCUUUGCACGUGCUUAUUAUAUCACAACUUAGCUGCGGUGCAACGGGGUCAUUCCCUGCGGUUAUUUAUAUUAAUAAAUGUUGAGUAUAUUAAUUUGUGGUAAUAAAGGAUUGAUAGGGUUGCGAGUGCACGAUGCAGGCGUAUAGUAGCCC